CAGAUUACAAGAACGACAUUUUGCGGUACAGAAGUGACAGUGUAACACCCCACCCCCCCAAAAAAAAAACCUUCCAGAAUAAUGUCACGCCUGAUUUUAUCUGGGAAAAGGAGAUCCCUAAAUAAGAUCGAGCAAGAUUUAAAAGGUCAAGCUGAUAUUUCCUAACGCCAUGGCCAGGCCAUCCCUCAUCGCAUUUACUCCAGCCACUGACCCCAGUGACCUGUGGAAGGAUGGGCAGCAGCAGUCGCAGCCGGAGAAGCCAGAGCCUGUCCUGGAUGGGGCUGCAGCCCGGGCCUUCUAUGAGGCUCUAAUUGCAGAUGAGAGUACUUCCCCUAAGCCCCAGAGAGCCGAGCCUGUCAGGGAGAGGAAGAGGAAGAAACGCAGAGUGAUGAGGGAGACGGCGGCGGCAGCUGGAGUCUCAGGACAAGGAGCCUCACCUGAGGAUGAAGACAAGAUGACCCAGUGGAUCCUGCGAGCGGCCCAGAAUGGGGAUCUGAGAGAACUGCACCGGCUGCUGGAACCGCGGGAGGCAGGGGGCGCUGGGGGCAACAUCAACGCUCGUGAUGCCUUCUGGUGGACUCCCUUAAUGUGUGCCGCCCGUGCGGGCCAGGGCGCUGCGGUGCGCUAUUUGCUAGGCCGAGGGGCUGCCUGGGUAGGAGUCUGUGAGCUGGGAGGCAGAGACGCUGCUCAGCUGGCUGAGGAAGCAGGCUUCCCCGAGGUGGCCCGCAUGGUCAGAGAGAGUCCUGGAGAGACAAGGCGCCCAGAGAACCAGAGCCGAUCUCCCCCCUCCUCCCAGUUCUGCGAGGACUGUGGCGCCUACUUUGAAGACGCCAACCACCGCACAUCGACUGCUCACCUGCUCUCGCAGUCUAAGAGUCCCCAGCCCUCCAACCUUCCCCUGGGGGUACCCACCUCCAGUCCUGGCUUCAGGCUGCUGCUGAGGGGUGGCUGGGAACCAGGAAUGGGGCUAGGGCCCCGGGGUGAAGGCCGUGCCAACCCUAUUCCCACUGUCCUCAAAAGGGACCAGGAAGGGCUGGGCUAUGGAUCCACACCCCAGCCCCGAGUCACGCACUUUCCGGCUCGGGAUACGCGUGCUGUGUCUGGGGGAGAGAGAGUGCCUCGAGUUGCCACACUGAGUCAGAGGGAGAAUAGAAGGAGAGCCGAGAAGGACAGAGCCUGGGAGCGAGCUCUGAGACUGUACAUGAACCUCGGGCCCUGACUGGGGUGGCCUGGCCCUAGUCUGUCACUGGCUGGACUUGGACCUCCAGACUCUCAGGCCUUGGCUGUUGGGCUCUCUCUCUCUGCUUUUAGAGGGAAAUAAACUUCCUUCAUA